CCAUUACUUAAAUAUACUCUUCUUUUAGCUCACCAAUAUUGGAAUUCAAUUGGCAAAUAUAACAUUUACCAAUUUAACAAUGGAAAGUGAUAAAUUUAUCUGUGUCCGAGAAAAAGUUGGGGAAACUUCUCAAGUCGUUAUUGUCGAUAUGGCAGAUCCAACCAAUCCUAUUCGACGUCCCAUAACAGCAGAAAGUGCAAUAAUGAACCCUGCUUCUAAAGUUAUUGCUUUAAAGGGCAAAACUGGAGUAGAAGCCCAAAAAUCACUUCAAAUAUUUAACAUCGAAAUGAAAUCGAAAAUGAAGGCUCACACAAUGAAUGAAGAUGUUAUAUUUUGGAAAUGGAUUUCCUUAAAUACAUUGGCACUAGUUACAGAAACAUCUGUGUAUCAUUGGUCUAUGGAAGGUGAUUCACAACCAGUGAAGAUGUUUGAUAGGCAUUCGUCGUUGAAUGGCUGUCAAAUAAUCAACUAUAGAACAGAUCCAAAGCAAAAUUGGCUCUUGUUGGUUGGCAUCAGUGCACAGCAGAGUCGUGUUGUUGGAGCCAUGCAGCUUUACUCAGUGGAAAGGAAGUGUUCACAACCUAUUGAAGGACAUGCUGCAUCGUUUGCUACAUUCAAGAUGGAAGGAAAUCCAAAACCAUCAACAUUGUUCUGCUUUGCAGUAAGGACUGUACAAGGAGGAAAAUUACACAUUAUUGAAGUUGGUCAAAGUCCUCAAGGAAACCAGCCUUUUCCUAAAAAGACAGUUGAUGUAUUCUUCCCACCAGAAGCUCAAAACGAUUUCCCAGUUGCGAUGCAAGUGUCCACGAAAUAUGAUGUUAUCUACCUGAUUACCAAAUAUGGUUACAUUCAUUUAUAUGAUAUCGAAACUGGGACAUGUAUCUAUAUGAAUAGAAUAUCUAGCGACACCAUCUUUGUUACGGCUCCCCAUGAGACUACUGGUGGAAUAAUAGGUGUUAAUCGAAGAGGUCAAGUAUUGUCCGUAACAAUCGACGAAGAUAAUUUAAUAAAGUAUGUGAAUACAGUUUUGCACAAUGCCGACCUAGCUUUAAGAUUGGCUGUCAGAAACAAUUUAGCUGGAGCUGAGGAUCUGUUUGUUAGCAAGUUUCAGACGCUCUUUCAAAGUGGUCAAUAUGCAGAAGCAGCAAAAGUUGCUGCUAAUGCUCCUAAAGGAAUUCUACGAACUCCAUCCACUAUUCAAAUGUUCCAACAGGUACCAACUCCAGCAGGCCAAAAUAGUCCCUUACUUCAAUAUUUUGGAAUUCUUUUAGAUCAGGGUCAAUUGAAUAUGUAUGAAUCUUUGGAAUUGUGCAAACCUGUGCUACUGCAAGGUCGCAAACAGCUCUUAGAAAAGUGGUUAAAAGAAGAAAAAUUGACGUGUUCUGAGGAACUUGGGGAUUUGGUGAAACAGGCCGAUCCAACCCUUGCACUCUCUGUUUAUCUUAGAGCAAAUGUUCCAGCAAAGGUGAUCCAGUCUUUUGCCGAAACUGGUCAGUUUCAAAAAAUCGUAAUCUACGCGAAAAAAGUGUCCUACACUCCCGACUACAUUUUUCUGUUGCGCCAAGUGAUGCGUACCAACCCGGACCAGGGAGCAGCAUUCGCUUCUAUGCUUGUGGCCGACGAAGAACCACUUGCAGACAUCAACCAGAUUGUAGACAUCUUCAUGGAACAGAACCUCGUGCAACAGUGUACCGCGUUCUUACUUGAUGCCCUCAAGCACAACAGACCAAACGAGGGUCACCUACAAACUCGUCUUCUCGAAAUGAAUCUGAUGUCCGCUCCCCAAGUUGCAGACGCUAUUUUAGGCAACAACAUGUUCACUCAUUACGAUCGUGCACACAUUGCGCAACUGUGUGAAAAGGCUGGCCUUUUACAGAGGGCAUUAGAACACUAUACCGACUUGUACGACAUUAAAAGGGCAGUGGUACACACUCAUUUGCUGUCAGCUGAUUGGUUGGUCGGGUUCUUUGGCACGUUGAGUGUUGAAGACAGUUUAGAGUGUUUAAAGGCGAUGCUUACGGCUAACAUCAGACAGAACUUGCAGAUUUGCGUACAAAUUGCGACAAAAUAUCAUGAACAGUUAACCACUAAAGCUCUCAUUGAUCUUUUUGAAGGAUUUAAAAGUUAUGAAGGUUUAUUCUAUUUCUUGGGCUCAAUCGUCAAUUUUAGCCAAGACCCUGAGGUUCAUUUUAAAUACAUCCAAGCUGCUUGCAAAACAGGUCAGAUUAAAGAGGUGGAACGUAUUUGCCGCGAGAGUAACUGUUACAACCCUGAAAGAGUCAAAAACUUCCUCAAAGAAGCCAAACUCACUGACCAAUUACCUCUUAUAAUCGUGUGCGAUCGAUUCGAUUUCGUCCAUGAUCUUGUUCUCUAUCUCUAUCGCAAUUCGUUGCAAAAAUAUAUUGAGAUCUACGUUCAGAAAGUGAAUCCAAGUCGAUUACCGGUGGUGGUGGGAGGACUUUUGGACGUGGAUUGUUCUGAAGACAUCAUAAAGAACUUAAUUUUGGUCGUGCGUGGGCAAUUUUCGACCGAUGAGCUGGUCGAAGAAGUAGAAAAAAGGAAUAGAUUGAAACUUCUCCUACCUUGGUUGGAAAGUAGAGUACAUGAAGGCUGCGUGGAACCAGCUACACACAAUGCAUUAGCAAAAAUUUACAUUGAUUCGAACAAUAAUGCUGAAAGGUUUUUGCGCGAAAACCAAUGGUACGAUUCACGAGUAGUAGGACGUUAUUGUGAAAAACGAGAUCCGCAUUUAGCUUGCGUGGCUUACGAAAGGGGCCAGUGCGAUCGCGAAUUAAUCGCUGUGUGUAACGAAAACUCCCUCUUUAAAUCGGAAGCCCGUUAUUUGGUUAAAAGGCGGGAUGCGGAAUUAUGGGUUGAAGUUUUAAACGAGAACAACCCCUACAGGAGACAACUAAUCGAUCAAGUCGUUCAAACGGCACUUAAUGAGACCCAAGAUCCUGAAGAUAUUUCUGUUACUGUCAAGGCAUUCAUGUCAGCUGAUUUGCCUAAUGAACUUAUUGAACUAUUGGAGAAGAUUGUACUUGAUAAUUCAGUUUUCUCUGAUCACAGGAAUUUACAGAAUCUACUUAUUUUAACUGCUAUCAAAGCGGAUACAACCAGGGUUAUGGACUACAUCAACCGUUUGGACAACUACGACGCUCCCGAUAUUGCAAACAUUGCCAUCAACAACCACCUGUACGAAGAAGCGUUUGCAAUUUUCAAGAAGUUCGAUGUAAACACGUCUGCCAUCCAAGUACUCAUCGAGAACGUUAACAAUUUAGAUCGUGCAUACGAAUUUGCUGAACGUUGCAAUGAACCCCCCGUUUGGAGUCAACUAGCCAAAGCUCAACUCAGCCAAGGACUCGUCAAAGAAGCCAUCGAUUCUUAUAUCAAAGCGGACGAUCCAAGUGCAUACAUGAGCGUCGUUGAAACAGCUUCUAAGAACAAUUCAUGGGAAGAUUUAGUUAGAUAUCUUCAAAUGGCUCGCAAGAAGGCAAGGGAGAGUUAUAUAGAAUCAGAACUGAUUUAUGCGUAUGCCAAGACUGGUCGUUUAGCAGACCUAGAAGAGUUCAUAAGUGGUCCCAAUCAUGCAGACAUCCAAAAGAUUGGAGAUCGCUGUUUCGAUGACAAAAUGUAUGAUGCUGCUAAACUUUUGUAUAACAACGUUUCAAACUUUGCAAGACUGGCUAUCACUUUAGUACAUCUCAAGGAAUUCCAGGGAGCUGUAGAUUCGGCGCGUAAGGCAAACAGCACUCGCACGUGGAAAGAAGUUUGUUUCGCAUGCGUGGACGCCGAGGAGUUUCGACUUGCACAGAUGUGCGGUAUGCAUAUUGUAGUCCAUGCCGACGAACUUCAAGACCUUAUUAAUUAUUACCAGGACCGGGGUUAUUUUGAAGAACUGAUUGGACUUCUUGAAGCUGCUCUCGGUUUAGAGCGAGCGCACAUGGGCAUGUUUACUGAACUCGCCAUUCUAUACUCGAAGUACAAGCCCGCAAAAAUGAGGGAACAUCUGGAAUUGUUUUGGUCCAGAGUUAACAUUCCAAAGGUACUUAGAGCUGCCGAGCAUGCACACUUGUGGGCAGAGUUGGUAUUCUUAUAUGAUAAAUACGAAGAAUACGAUAACGCCGUUCUGGCAAUGAUGGCUCAUCCAACGGAGGCGUGGCGAGAGGGCCAUUUUAAAGAUAUCAUAACCAAAGUAGCCAACAUUGAACUUUACUACAAAGCUAUACAAUUUUAUCUUGAUUUUAAACCUCUGCUUUUAAACGACCUUCUUCUAGUUUUGGCUCCACGAAUGGACCAUACGAGGGCUGUAGCAUUCUUUACGAAAACUGGCCACCUUCAACUAGUUAAAUCUUAUUUGCGUUCUGUACAAAGUUUAAAUAACAAAGCUAUAAAUGAAGCUCUCAAUUCAUUGUUGAUCGAAGAAGAAGAUUAUCAGGGUUUAAGGACGUCAAUCGACGCUUUCGACAAUUUCGACAAUAUCGGCCUGGCGCAGAGCUUGGAAAAACAUGAACUUACAGAGUUCAGACGUAUAGCUGCCUAUUUAUACAAAGGGAACAACCGGUGGAAGCAGAGUGUCGAACUGUGCAAAAAGGACAGAUUAUUUAGGGACGCAAUGGAAUACACAGCAGAAUCGAAAAAUCCUGAACUGGCUGAAGAACUUCUCGCCUGGUUCCUUGAGAGAGAAGCCUACGACUGUUUUGGAGCGUGUCUUUAUCAGUGUUACGAUCUAUUGAAACCUGACGUUAUAUUGGAACUAGCGUGGAGACACAAGAUCAUGGACUUUGCCAUGCCGUAUCUUAUUCAAGUGACACGUGAAAUGACCACAAAGAUCGAAAAACUGGAACAAGCUGAAACCCAGAGGCAAACAGAAUCAGCCGAAGAAACACACAAACCCAUGAUCAUGCCCGAGCCGCAGCUAAUGUUGACAGCUGGACCUGGAAUGGGUAUUCCACCUCAACAAUAUGUUCCCCCCCAGGCGUAUGCACCCCAAGCUGCUUAUGCCCCCCAGAUGCCGUACCAGGGUUACGGCAUGUAGGAGUAUACUGGCGUCUUCGAGACGUGCCGUCAAGCCUAUAGCAAGUGGCAGUAAAAAAAAAAAAAAUAAAAUGAAACGGGCGAAAUCCCGAAUGAAUUUGUGUUUUACAAACGCGCGUCUACUUUUGUUUUCGGUAAAGAAACCAUCGUCUUAUUCAAUCAGCUAGUUAUAUUUGGUUGCAGAUUUUUCUAUAUCAGCCAUUCUAACGUUUACCACCACCCUAUAUACUGUCCAUAUUAUGUUUUUCCAUUCUUCCCCAAUCUGAUUUAGUAAGUUUUCUGUUCUUAAAAAUAGGAUGCGAGUAUGGACAUGUAAUUAAACACUUUUUCUCUCUUCCCGCUUUUGGGUCAGUUAUUGUAUCGUCCGUAUUUAAGUAAGUCUUAAGUCCUUUCCCCGUCAUUUUUAUAGUCCAUUUGCAACAUACUUGAUUUUAAUGUAAGUAUGUUAGUCAAUUUCCUUUUAAUCCAGUUGAAUAUCGCUUCUUUAUACACAUUGUUCCUUUUUUUUUUUCGUUCGUUUUCAAACUAUAACACAUGCUGUUUUUGGAUGUGUUCAUCGAUUUGUCGUAUUAUCACGAGACCUUUAGGAAAUUAAAUAUUAAAAAUACCCUCGUAUCCAAAAUCAUACAACACUAAUAAAUAACAAUAUAAUUGAUGAUUAACUGUAUAUGUACUUUAGCUGCUAUUUUUGACGCUGCUAAUAUCACCACUACUAUUCCUGAUUGAAAUCCGUUAACAUUAAGUAGAAGUCCUGCAUAUUUUUUUAAAAUUUACAUAUAUAUAAGUGUAUAUAAAUACAUAUACACUACCUGAGAUAUAUAAUAAUUAUUAUUGUAAUUAAUUACUGUCAUACCUAAUUAUAUGGAAAUUUAUUAACUAUUUUUCGUCCAUUUUUCCCUCGUAAAAAGGAAAAACUGCUAUUAAUAAUAUUUGAACGUGAUUUAUAUUCUUUUUCUUAUUAUUUUUAAUAUGUACGUAUAUUUAUUAUUCUUUUAGUUAUUAUAUUUUUGCUGCACCAUUAUUGCUACUACCACUACUGUUAUUGUCAUUGUUUGUCUGAUUCUCUUUAACAGGUGGGUGUUUCGUUGCACUGUAAAUAAAUAGUAAUAUAAAUAUGAUAAAUAUUAGUCUGUCAAAAGCAAGAUGUACAUAAAAGGGUGGCCUCUUUAAAUGACUCGAGCGUCCCAGGGUGACUAAAAAUUUUUCUUUUUGGAUUUCGAAAAGUUUAUCUCUUGAGUUUCAGUAAUUACUCCUGUUUGUACUAUUUGAAUUAUUACGGAAUAAUAAUUCCUUUCCAUUUUUAUACGUUGGUUUUCAAGUACAAAUUGGCAGAAUGGAAUUAAUUUUCUUUUUAGUGAACACUAAUAAUAAUUAAUUUAAUGCUCGUCUGUUCUGCGUAUCAUUCCCAUCAUAUAACACAAAACUAAUCCUUAUAUAAAAAAAUUUAUUGGAAGGGCGAUUAAUUAAAUCCCGGUGUGUAGUUUUUUUGUUUUAUUUUCUUUUGAGAAGUUGUAAAGCGCCUGUAACUUUAGACCCGUACUUGUUUAGAUAUUAUUAUUAUUAUUAUAAUUAUUAAUAAUAAAUCGAUUGUUGCCUGGUUAUAUGUAUGUUGCAUUAGCAACGUGUUUUGUAACGUUGCAAAUGCUGUUCGUUUAGUUAUAAUGAAACAUUAUUAUAUUAAAACCAAGGAAAUAAAGGACUAUUAAUUGAGAUUUA